GCGCUCCAGAUUUCUGUGCCAGUCACUUUUCCAGUGUUACAGUUCGCGAGUGCGCAGGCGCCAACCAGGGGAGCGCGGAGCCUGCAGAACUGCGAGCGCAACGUGGUACAAAAAACCCAUACCAGUCAGCCACGGCGCAGCGUUACCAUGAUCUUCUCCAUCCCAUCGAUACAUUCCCAUCCCGCCUGCAUCACUUUAACGACCAGCUUCCAGCAAGUCCGCAAGCCUGACCGACGCUGCCCGACCGCAGAAUGCACGGGGGAAAAAGAGGACUGGUGGCACCACAGAACACUUUUUUGGAAAAUAUUGUCCGUCGCUCAAGUGAGACAAGUUUCUUGUUGGGGAAUGCGCAAAUCGUUGAAUGGCCUAUAGUUUACAGUAAUGACGGAUUCUGCAAGCUGUCUGGUUACCACAGGGCAGAGGUCAUGCAGAAGAGCAGCACCUGCAGUUUCAUGUACGGCGAGCUGACAGACAAGAAGACAAUAGACAAAGUCAGACAGACCUUUGAUAACUAUGAGUCCAAUUGCUUUGAAGUGCUGCUCUAUAAGAAGAACAGAACCCCUGUGUGGCUCUACAUGCAGGUAGCCCCCAUCAGGAAUGAGAACGAUAAGGUGGUCCUGUUCCUCUGCACUUUUAAGGACAUCACUGUCUUCAAGCAGCCCAUUGAAGAUGAGACCACCAGAGGAUGGACCAAGUUUGCCAGGCUGACCAGGGCAUUAACCAAUAACCGGAGUACACUUCAGCAGCUCACACCUGUGAACAAGACUGAGGUCAGCCACAAGCAUUCACGACUGGCAGAGGCUCUUCAGCUGGGCUCUGAGAUCCUCCCUCAAUACAAGCAAGAGGCUCCUAAAACUCCACCUCACAUUAUAUUGCACUACUGCACCUUUAAGACCACUUGGGACUGGGUCAUCCUCAUCCUCACCUUCUACACGGCCAUCAUGGUGCCCUACAAUGUGUCCUUUAAGACCAAACAGAACAACCUGGUGUGGUUGGUAAUGGACAGCGUGGUGGAUGUCAUCUUCUUAGUGGAUAUUGUGUUGAACUUUCAUACAACUUUUGUAGGACCUGGAGGAGAGGUCAUAUCUGACCCAAAGCUCAUACGCAUGAACUACUUGAAGACAUGGUUUGUCAUAGACCUGCUGUCUUGCCUGCCCUAUGACAUCAUCAAUGCAUUUGAAAACGUGGCUGAGGAUCCCAUUGCAGAUUCUUCUGCAGUGGGCCACUUGCCAGCUGCGGCCCACUCUCCACGCAACGCCACACGUGCGGAGGACUCGAUGUUGCCUGGUCUCAGCAGCCUGUUCAGCUCAUUGAAAGUUGUGCGUUUGCUCCGUCUGGGUCGUGUGGCACGAAAACUGGACCAUUACCUGGAAUACGGUGCUGCUGUGUUAGUUUUAUUGGUGUGUGUCUUUGGUCUGGUGGCACAUUGGCUGGCCUGCAUCUGGUACAGCAUUGGUGAUUACGAGGUCAUAGACGAAGCCACCAACAGCAUCAAGACAGACAGCUGGCUUUAUCAGUUAGCUAUCAGCAUCGGCACACCAUACCGCUACAAUAACAGUGGCUCUGGCCAGUGGGAAGGUGGUCCCAGUAAGCACACACUCUACAUAUCAUCUCUCUAUUUCACCAUGACAAGUCUCACCACCAUUGGCUUUGGGAACAUUGCACCUACUACAGACGGGGAGAAGAUCUUCUCGGUGGCCAUGAUGAUGGUGGGCUCUCUUCUGUAUGCCACCAUCUUUGGAAACGUGACCACUAUCUUUCAGCAGAUGUACACAAACACUAACCGCUACCAUGAGAUGCUAAACAAUGUGAGAGACUUUCUGAAGCUCUAUCAGGUGCCUAAAGGACUGAGCGAGAGAGUUAUGGAUUACAUUGUGUCCACAUGGGCCAUGACCAAAGGCAUAGACACAGAGAAGGUUCUGUCUAUCUGUCCUAAGGACAUGCGUGCAGACAUCUGUGUGCACCUCAACCACCAGGUGUUCAACGAGCACCCUGCCUUCCGGUUGGCCAGUGACGGCUGUCUGCGCUCUUUGGCGGUGGAGUUCCAGACCACACACUGCGCUCCAGGAGAUCUCAUCUUCCACGCAGGAGAAAGUGUGGACACUCUUUGCUUCGUGGUUUCUGGAUCGCUGGAGGUCAUUCAGGAUGAUGAAGUCAUUGCCAUUUUAGGAAAGGGUGAUGUGUUUGGUGACGUGUUCUGGAAGGAAUCCACACUGGCUCAUGCCUGUGCUAACGUGAGGGCUCUGACGUACUGCGACCUGCAUGUCAUCAGGAGGGAUGCCUUACUCAAAGUGCUGGAGUUCUACACGGCCUUCGCCAACUCCUUCUCCCGAAACCUCAUCCUCACCUGUAACCUCCGCAAGCGGAUUGUCUUCCGCAAGAUUGUCGAUGUGAAGAAGGAAGAAGAGGAGAGGAGACACCAGAAAAACGAGGUGACGUUGUCAAUCCCCGUAGACCAUCCUGUCCGCAAGCUCUUCCAGAAGUUCAAGCAACAGAAGGAGAUGCGUUCAUCCCAGCAUGACCUGGAGAGGAACCAGUUUCAGGUGGAACACCACCUCCAUCCACUGUCCCACCAGAUUCAUCAGCAGCAAUAUCAGCCCCAGUACAAGGGCCACCAUCCUCUUCAAAACCAGCACGUGGCCCCCAUGCAAAAUGGGGCCCCUGGUUCAGGAAAUGGGAACAAUGGUUCUAGCGUUGUGACCGUCUCACAGAUAACCCCAAUCCAGAGCCCCCUAGCUUAUGUUCAGACUGAGGAUCUGAACAGGAGUGAAAGCCAUGAGGCUAUGGAGCUCAAGCCCAGCUUUGGCAUAGAGGGCACAAAUUGUCUAAAGGUAACAAGUCCGGUUAAACCAAGAGGAGGAGCAGGAAGAGGCUGGAUGCGCUUUCAUAACAUUGUAUCAGGAUCAUCUCCUAUGCUUCAGCUGGAACUAGAGAAGCAGCCACAGCAGAAGGAAGAAGAAUGGGGGGGUGUAUCCCAGGCACUAAAUGUGAUCUCCCAGGAUGGGAAGAGCCAGGAAAUAGAGGGUGGGUGGUCUAAUGAAAGGGGUCCCAUUGGAAACGGUAACAAUAGUGAUGAAACUGAUGAAAAUAAUGCCCUACACAAGACUGACUCUUGCGACAGCGGAAUCACAAAAAGUGACUUACGUAUUGACUGGGUUGGUGAUUCACGGAGCCCAUACGACAGAUGCUCAAUGGAAAGGAGCCCGUACGAACAGCCCAGCCCUGGAGUGGACCUUCGGGGGAUUCACUUUCAGUCUGUGCUUCAAAACAAUCUGCACGAAGCCAAGCUGGAACUAAAAGGUGACAUUCAGACACUAAAUAGUCGGCUAGCAGCUCUAGAGGACCAGGUGGGGGAGAUUCUGAGACUUCUCUCCGAGAAGAGGAAACCUUCCCCACCUCCUCAGGCCUCCUCGCCAAAAAACACACUUCAGUGCCAGGAUAUCUUUGCCGUUUCUGAGCCUGUCACUCCAGAAAUGGAGGGGGACAACAGACCCCUUUGAAUUAUGAUAACUAUAUUUAGAUAUUGAUAUGCUAUUUUUAUCUCUUCCCUUCCUCACACUCAGGAAGGAAAGGUGAAUACUGAUGAUUAGAGGAAGGAUCCUUGCUGUUGUAAAUAUAUACUUGCAUGUCCAGCUGGAAUCUGGCCUGCCAAUGAUAUCUUCUCUAUGGAUAGUAGGUGCUUGUACACAUACAGAAUCGGCUGCAUGCAGAGAUGAUUUUAUUCUGACCUUGCACAUGGGAUCUUCUAAACAGGUGAUAUUUCAGGGGAUUUUCUCUUUGAGCGACAGCUUGAUGUCCCACACAUGGGAUCUUGGGUUGCUGUAAGGCAGAAUGAGGCUUGGUUUAAUAACGCAAUCGGUCAUUCUUCAUAGUCUUUUCAUAGCUACAGUCAUUUGAAUGGGAUAGUUACUCAAAAAAUGAAAAUUCUGUCAUCAUUUACUAAAGUCAUUCCAAAUACAUUCUUACUUUCCUCUGUAGAGCACAAAAGAAGAUGUACUGAUAAAUUUAUAACCUAUUUUUGUCCAUACAGUGGGAUCCCAGAUACAGUAGCAUUAGACCUUAUAUAUUUCAUUGUAUGGGCAAAAAAACACCAAGACUUUUUAAAGAUUUUGUAUUCAACAUACAGAAAGUCAUACAGGUUUGAAACGACAUGAGGCUGACUAAAUGAUGAUAGAUUUUUCAUUUUUAGGUGAACUAUACCUUUAACACAGUUAGCAUAAAUAUUAUGUCCCCCUCCAGUAUGCAGUUCCCUUUUAUGAGCAUAAUGAUUGGAAGUUUGCAAGAUUAUUCGCUAGAUGAUUUCUUCGAUGUGAUUUAGGAAGUAAUCCAAUAACUAAACUCAUUUUUGAUCUUCAAAACCCAUUUCAUUACCAACACUGUUUCAAAUUCCAUUAUCAUUAUUGUCUUUUCUGUAUUUAUUUUGUGGAACGUUAUGAUAGAUAAGAGAGAAAUGGGCCAAUUUUUGAGGGUCAGUUUUACAUAUUUUAGAGAGAUAUAUCUGCAUGCUGGAUGGAUUUAGCUCUGGCAUGGUAGGACUAGGGACUAAUUGUUUUUCCCUUAUCAAUUAGGCAAACAUACAAAGUGCAAGUCACAAAGAGAGGCCUGCAUUUUGGGAAAGCAUGAACACAUUCAGGUCAUUUGGAAAUUAUACAAGCAUGCACUGAAUUCUUUGCAUGACAUCAACAUUGUGUGUUAAAUAUGAAAGGUCAUGUAUUCCUAUUAUUGUUUCCCAAUAGAAAUUCUCAACGUAUACUACCCACAUUUAAUUCCAUUCCAGAUGCCUAUUUCAAAAACCUUUACAUUUUAAUCCAGCACCCAAACUAAAGCCACAUUAAACCGCCUACUAAGGUAUUGGUUUUGAAUGAACCUUUCAGUUGGUCAUUUGAAAGUGCUGUGGGGAACUUGCAAAAUAUUAUAUUAUCAUAUCUUCAGGCAGUGACUCACUGCUUAUCAGCAUACUCAUGGGUGCUUUAGAUGGUUUAUAGCAUAAUGACUAAUGCCCCUUCACCUCUUAUUUCCCAUCAGUUCUAUCGUAUGCUAUUAGUCCAUUCUGGUAAUGUUCAUACCAAACACAUAUUGAAUUGUGAAUAGGGUUCAGAAGAGAGACUAUUAUGAUUAAUACAACAACAACAACAACAAUAACCACAACAGGAGUGUGGUUGUAUUAGUUUUCCUGUUAUUGAAUAUAGAUGCUUUAACAUAAAAAUUUUCUAUCAUAAAGCAAUCCAUAAACAAGCAACAGUACUUCAAAGCAAUAGCCUUUUAUUAUAUAUCCCUCCACUUAUUCCCUAAUUUGGUUCCCUCUUUGAUAAACACAUGCUAAUCACUGUGAAUGCUUGGAUAAUAAUAUUAGCUCACUGCUAAUUGUUAGGUUUAAUCAUCGUUUUGGAGUUUAUGAUGUUCAUAGGGGCCAAAGACAUUAGUUACUUUGUGCUAAUUGCAUUAUAUAUGUGUCCCAUUAUUAGCUGUUACCAGUGGAUGUUGAUAAAAACCUAACUGGGUUUUCUGUUUUGCUACUUGAGCAAAUUAAAUAUAAGAAAGAUU